GGUGGGCACAUCUGCCCGGGACACGUGUGGGCACACUCACGGCUGGGCUGGGUGCACGCCCAGAUGCAUGGAUGCGCUCAGGCACAGGGCACACAAACAGUCACACGGCCCCAGGGGCGGCGCGGCAGCCGCUUCCCACGCCAGCCCUGCCCCCUGCCCCCAUCCCGUGUUCAGAUCUUGGGAAGUCGGGCUCACAUGACCAGGGGAGGGCCCUGGGACCGUGCUGUCCUCGGAGAAAGCGCAUCACCCUCCCAGAGGAUCCACUUCCGCCCCCAGGAAUAAAGGCUCAGACCAGCCGGUCUUGCCCCAGAGUCCACCUGCCUCCUGCGGCUCCUGCUCACCAGCCUGCAGCUCGCCAAGGGCAGGUGUGGUGGUGCAUACCUGUCAUCCCAGCACCCAGGAGGCUGAGGCAGGAGGAUCACCGUGAGUUCGAGGCCAGCCUGCGCUACAUAAUGACUGCAUGGAUGGUGCUGCUGGCCCUGCAGGCCUCGCUGCUGUUCCCCCUGGCCAGCUGCACGGCUCCCAAAGCCACCCUGCGCUUUGUGGCUGUGGGUGACUGGGGCGGGGUCCCCAAUGCUCCGUUCCACACGGCCCGGGAAAUGGCCAAUGCGAAGGAGAUCACCAAAGCCGUGCAGAUGAUGGGAGCCGACUUCAUCCUGUCCUUGGGGGACAACUUCUACUUUACAGGCGUCCGCGAUGUCAAUGACAAGAGGUUCCAGGAGACCUUUGAGAACGUGUUCUCUGACCGCUCCCUGCGCAACGUGCCCUGGUACGUGCUGGCGGGGAACCACGACCACCUGGGGAAUGUCUCAGCACAGAUCGCCUACUCCAAGAUCUCCAAGCGAUGGAACUUCCCCAGCCCCUUCUACCGCCUGCACUUCAAGAUCCCACAGAACAACGUGACUGUGGCCAUCUUCAUGCUGGACACGGUGACUCUGUGUGGCAACUCUGAUGACUUCCUGAGCCAGCAGCCCGAGAGGCCUCGAGACCCGGCAGUGGCCCGCACCCAGCUGUCCUGGCUCAAGAAGCAGCUGGCGGCGGCCAAGGAAGACUACGUGCUGGUGGCUGGCCACUACCCUGUGUGGUCCAUCGCUGAGCACGGGCCCACCCGCUGCUUGGUCAAGCACCUGCGCCCCCUGUUGGCCACCUACAUGGUCACUGCCUACCUGUGUGGCCAUGACCACAACCUGCAGUACCUUCAAGAUGAGAAUGGCAUUGGCUUUGUGCUGAGUGGGGCCGGGAACUUCAUGGACCCCUCCGUUCGGCACCAGCGAAAAGUCCCCAGUGGAUACCUUCGGUUCCACUACGGCUCCGAGGACUCACUGGGCGGCUUUGCCUAUGUGGAGAUAGGGACCAAAGAAAUGACUGUCACCUACAUGGAAGCCUCGGGCAAGUCCCUCUUCAAGACCAGCCUGCCUCGACGGUCCAGGCCCUGAGCUCCCAGGAGGCCUGCUGUGCCUGCUGGGGCCUGAGGCCGGGGGCUCUGCGGGUGGCACGGGGACCUGGGCCCCAGUGCUCCGGCAGAGAAGGGAGAAGCCAUAGCACCACGUGGUGAGGUGGCACUGGCGCCCGCAUGUGCGAAGCAGCAUGGACACGUGUCCUGGCCCGCAUGUCACACACUUCGCCCAGGCUGGGUGCUGGGGGUUCUUGGUGGGGGCUGGAAGGAAAUCCAGCAUCUUUUUGUCACUGCCAUUCAAUAAAGGAAGUGUUGUCAAGGCUGCAUGA